AUGGAGGAAGAUGAGAAGAAUGAGCUGCUGUCUGCUGCCAAGCUCAGCACUGGUGUUUCUCCUGAAAAGGACUGGAGCUCUUCUCUUGUAAUAAUUUUCACUCUUGUUCUAAUAAUGAAAGGUGUUGGAGGCGGCGGCAGAAGGUCCGGCGGUGACAACGCGAGUGCGGGUGGGGGCGACGCGAUCUCUGCCGGCGGGGGUGGCACGACUGGUGCCGGCGGCGGCAACUGCUGCUGGGGAGGUGGGAGCACGGGCACCGGCGGCGGCGACAGAGGGGUCUCGGGCACAGGCAUCGGCUGCGAGGGCGGCGGCGGCGGCCAGGUGGCGGCGUCCGGGGAGGGAAAGGUGGGAUUUUGCGCGGCCGUGGGCGGUGGGCGGGCGGCCGUGGCGGCGGCGGCGGGCUGCUGGACGGCGGGGUCAGUGUCGGGCAGGACGGGCUGGCACGCGUCGGCGGCGGUGCACGCGGAUGAGGCGGAGUUGGAGCUGGACUUGGCGGCGGCGCGGUGGAGGACGGCGCGGAAGGCGAGGACGACGCCGACGACGGCGAGGGCGGCCAAGAGGGCGAGGAAGAUCUUGGUGGCCUUGCCCACGUAG